UUGGUGAUUGCGUUGGUUCCUGAAGGGGCUGGGCCCAAAACUGAGGAGAGAGAAAUGGCGAGAAUGGUUACCGAGGCGGACGGGUGUGUAGAGAAGACCCAGAACCCGGAGCCCCAGGGACCGGGUCGGGGAGCCAGAUGGGGUCCACAGCACGCCGGGGCCCGGGAGCUGGCGGACCUUUACUCCCCAGGUAAAAGAUGUCAGGAGUGGUUCAGCGUCGUCCUCUGCUUCUCUCUCAUGGCCUUCAACUUCUUUCACCUUCUUGCCAACUUCCACCUGGGACACCUGUGGUCCAUCCUGCUGAGCGCUGUGGCGGGAAUCCUCACCGCUGACUUCGCGUCGGGACUCGUUCACUGGGGGGCCGAUACCUGGGGGUCAGUAGAUCUGCCCAUCUUUGGAAAGGCCUUUAUCCGGCCCUUCAGAGAGCAUCACAUCGACCCCACGGCCAUCACCCGCCACGACUUCAUCGAGACCAACGGGGACAACUGCAUGCUGACCAUCCUCCCUUUAGCCCACAUGGCCUUCAGCUUCCUCACCCUCCCCCCCGCGGAGGUGUAUCACAGCUACCCGUGGUACUGCUACCUGUUCGCCCUCGCCAUCUUCGUGACCCUCACCAACCAGAUCCACAAGUGGUCGCACACGUACUUCGGGCUGCCACGCUGGGUGGUGUUCCUGCAGGACUGCAAGAUCAUCCUCCCCCGCAAGCACCACCGAGUGCACCACGUCUCCCCCCACGAGACCUACUUCUGCAUCACCACAGGCUGGCUGAACUACCCUCUGGAGAGGCUGGGCUUCUGGAGGAACCUGGAGGAUCUGAUCCAGAGUGUGACGGGGGAGAAGCCCCGGGCCGACGACCUGAAGUGGGCUCAGAAAGUCCAGUAACCACUGCAGACUUCCUGCUUCCUACCUCAGAAGACCUGGCUCCUCUGCCGCUCACAGACUGUAAACCAUAGACUAACAGACGCAUUCUGAUGCCAUAGCUUUAAGUCUGUUCAAGAGGAGCGCUCUGCUUUCAUCACUCACUCGUGGAGAUCCUCGCUUCCGACUGCAAUAUAUCCUCCACUCUGUCUAACAUCACUUUCUGGAGGCUAUUUACUCUCAGUGCUUUUGCUACGAAGAAUAUUUAAAGGGUUUCCCUCAAACAAUCCUACGACAGAGUCAAACUCGCUUUUCUGAGGGCGGAUAAGUCUCAUUAUAUAUUUAGCUUUUUGUUUGCCUUUUUGCAUCUUUGAUGUGCUAAUAAUGAAACUGGAUCAGGGCCAUGGUAGGCAUGUUGAUAGCUAAAGAACAAAACGCUUACAUUUAAUGUAAUUACUUACAUUUGUAGAUUUCUUGCACACUUUGGUUCAGCUGCAGGCGACCAUGUUUAAUAUUUGGCUUGCUGGUCUCAGGCGAUGAUGACUUCAGCUGCAGAGGCAGACUGGAUUACUUUAGUGGGUUCAUUCAGAGACAAGAACUGAACGACAGGUCCGACCUGCUAUCUGUAGGGCUGCAACAAUUAAACAACACUUAACCAGCAUCAGCCUCUCAGGUAUAGAGAUUUCAUAUUAAAGUUAAUGUAUUUGGGGUUUGGACUGACAAACAAGACAAAGGUCCCCAGUGUUGACAUUUAUAAACACAAGUUAACCUAGUGACCAAACUCAGUUAACCUGUCACUGUGUUUAGCUAGCAAACUUUAGCUUUCUAUCUGCUAAACUGGCUAGCGAAUGUCAGCUAUCUACUUUACAAGCUAGUUUGUUGUCUAUAACUAGUUAGCUAGCUUUCGUUAGCUACCUAUUGAACAAGCUGGCUAGCGUAAACUAUAAAGCUCGUUAUCGCCAAAUAUCUGGCUCUCUGAAUGUGAUUUGGAUUAUUAUUUGACAUCUCAAUAGCCUCUCAAAUAUGGAGAAAAAUAUCUAUCAAAUAUCUUUGGGGUUUGGACUGACAAAUAAGAAGCCUUUAAAGACAUCACUACCAUGUGAUCAUUACAAGAUAAUCUACAGAAUGAUGAACGGGGAAAUGAACCAUCACUUGCAGCCCCACAGUUAGGAUUGUUGUCUCAGACUGAAGUGUGUGACGGUGGGCAGCGGUGAUGCUAACUUGUGUUCCGCAGACGAUGGUGUGCUCUCUGUGGAGGCUUCCCCUCCGGAUGAUCACACUGCACUUUAGUCGAGCUGCCUUAGCAUCACAGAUGCAUCGGUGUCUUUUUGAGUUCGUCUGUUAUGUGCCAGCGCCGUGUUCACUCCUCACAUCCUGCUUUUCUUUGUAACCGCUGGAGGAAGACAUCGUGUAGUUCAUUGACUGAGCAUUGUUGAUUUUGAAGCUUCGGUGGGUAAUCUGUAAAUGUGUUGUACAGCGAAUAACUAUGCAGUGCAAUAAGAGGAAACCAUACGUCUUAAUCAUCUGGUUCAAUGCCUUUCUUUUUCUACUCGUUUACACAGAGUGGCUUUUCAGUUUGGAGCUUCAGAAGUUAGAUGCUUAAUCUGCAUGAUAUAAAAUGACUGUAACUGAAGUACUGAUGUGUGCAUGCAUAGAGCAUGGGGUUCUCCAAGUGACGGUCUGGGUCAGCAGAACUCUGAUCGGGCUGCUUUUAAAGACCACCCCUAAUUCUGAGCAAAUGUUAGAAAAUAUCUAAAUGUUGUUGAAUAGAUCCUACAUGUUUUAAGGUUUAUGGGAUACUUCAACACCGAAAUGGAUCAUUUUUUACAUCAGUUACUCGCCCUGAUUUCUUCUGCUCACACGCCUCCACAAAGAGUCCAACAAACUCCAGAAACAUCUUGAUGAAUUAAAGUAACUUUCUUUGACAAAAUGAUAUUAAAACAUCUGCUGAAACACCUCCACUGGAACAUAGUGACAUCACCGUGGAACACUCGCACUCCUAUUGGCUAUCGCUCCGACACAUUGUACGUGAUAGGCUGAGGGGCGGGACAUCUCUAAAGAGCCUUUUUGUCCCAGUAGAGCCACUAAAUACUGAGCUUAGGGCCCCGUUAGAGAAUCUAAAAGGGCUGAGUGACUGAAGUACAAAUGGAAUGGGAGGAGCUACUCCUAGUAGACUAUUUAAAAUAAGUAUACAGUGAAUCUGAAGCCAAAUUGAUGCUUUCUGUUCUGUAAUAUUGAACUUAUUGUUAAUCCUUUAUACUUGAUUAUAUAUUGUUGUUCAUGGAGGUCAGCAGCAGGUUGUAGAGGUCAGUGUGUGUUGGUGUGUGUCACAGUUUGAACUGCAGUAACGUUUAACGGACGGCUUAUUUUAUAAAUAGGAGUUUCAGCGUUUGGAUGUGGAGAUAAGUAAUGUAUGGUAUGUAGUUUUUUUAAGUAAGGUCAGAGAUUCUGUAAAUGCCAUAAUUAUUGGUUUAAUAAAAACUUUAGAAGAGAACCACAAAAUAAUAAUCUUCAAUUCCUCCAAAUAAAAUAAUUUGUUAAGACAUCAAUAAACACUUUUUCUUUUAAAGCAAUUAAAAUGACUUGCCGAGUCGUGAUGGACCUCAAACCAAAGAGUGACUCAUCAGAUGUGUGUUUUUAGGUCUAACAUGACUCUUAUUACAAUAAAGACAGAUCGUGUGAUCUUUGUCGCUAAAAGUGCUUUUUAUGGUCGUCUGGUUGUGAUUUUGGAUCUAAUAUGCAUUAAGGAUUGUAGGUAAUUACCAACUUGUGGAGAAAAGAUCACAGUGAAGUUGUUAUUUAAUUGAGAAAUGUUUUUGAAGUCACUCGUUUUCAAUCCGAUUGUUGUCAACAUGAUAAAAGGUUUUAUAGCAGCCAUAUGUCUGGGAUGGGGGGGUGUGUUGAAAUCACUUUCUGUAAUGAUCCCUGGACGUCUAAUUGAAUUGCCUUAUCCUCUCCCUGAUUGGUUUCUGUAAAUGUUCCCGGAGUUUUUGGGAAGAAGUGUCCGAGCGUCGAGCUUCCUGUCUGGAUGUGCUAGUCGGUUCCGGUUGGUUCUGGUGGUGACGCAGUUCUAGAUAUCAGAAAAAUGCCUCGAUGCCUUUCUGUUGUCUUCCAGUUGGGAGACCUACAAUGUACAUAAUAUUAACCUGUAUUUAUAAGUAAACUAAAUAAAGGGUUGAUGGUUACUGCUA